GAUGAAGAAGGACGGCUCGUACCGAAGCCGUGACCAACUCACUUCCAAAUGGAGCCACAUCAACAAAAAAGUACGAAAAUUUAUGGGAGUAUACGAGGAAUGCUCCCGGUCCCGGAGGAGCGGCAUGAACGACGUCGAUGUUCUCCGGCUUGCCACGACCCGGUAUCAAGACGACGGGAACCAAGACAAGGUGCCCAUCGAUCUUUGGGGGAUUUUGAGUCGUUCCCCGAAGUGGCAACAACUCAACAAUCCCGACGGCGUAUCAUUCCGGAAAAGAUCCACCGUCGACGCCGAGGUUGAGGUCGACGGGACCAUCGGUUCUACCGAUCAAAUCCCUCCCUUCAACGUUGCGGUUUCCGAUGACGAGGACCCCAUUCCACGGCCGAUCGGAAGAAAAAAGGCAAAAUCAAUUGCCUCUGGUUCGGGAGGGUCCGCCUCUAUUUCUGCUUCUCCCCGCGACGAAAUCGGCCGGGCAAUGGUUGAACAACUUCGCGCGUUCAAUCUCCAAGAACAAGAGAGGAUGAAGCUUAAAGAGAAGGAGUUGAAGCUAAAGGAGCAGGAGGCCGAGAUGAAAGUCAUGCAAACCGACCCCGCGACGUUGUCGGAGUUUGAACGAAUUAUCUACGAGCAAAGAAUGAGAGAGAUCAAGGAGAAAUAUAAUUUUCCUUAGUUGUUUUAUUAAUGUAUCUUUUUUUUAAAUUAUUGUCGCUUUUUUUAUUUAAUUAAUGUGUUUUUUAUAAUUCGUGUUUCAAUUUAAUUAAAUAAAAAAUUAAAUACAUUUUAUUAAUUUAAUUUUAGAAGAUGUAUAUUUAAAAAUGUAAAAAAUGAAGGUUUGAAGCCCAGUUUUGAAGCACCGGGGCUUCAAACCCAUUUCCAGUGAAUUCUGGGUGUAAGUUAAAGCUGACGUGGCAGAGAGAGAAAGUUUGAAGCCCCGG